AUGACGAUGGCUUUUAUGGCCCAGGGACAGGUAGCGGGGUCUGUCAUCCAUUUCGAGGGGCUUGAAUCUCUCUUUAAAGACUUGAAACACCUUGUUUGGGACUUGAAACGCUUUUUUAGUUCGAAUCACUAAAAGAUCGCACUUCAUAAAAGGGCUUGGCUUGGUGGGGCUGCUCGUCCGCUGAUCCGGCCAAUGCAAAUAUGUCUUGACUUGGCCAGGGGCUGCUUCAAGAGCUUACUUUUGGGGUGCAUGUUUUUGCGACGAGACGGCUCAAGAGUGCGCGGGAGUCGCAAAGGACUCGAGGCGGAAUGUUGUGAUCAAGGAGGAACUGAUUUCUCCUUUUCGGAGCCAAUCCUCGUAGCUUCCUCUUCGUCCCCAAAAACUGCUCCCGCCCACCUCCGCCCUUUAUCCGGCUCCGUUUUCGGGAAAACUGAUCUGAUCGUUGGCUAAAGAUGGUCGGGGGCUUUUAUCUUGGCCAGAGAGUGCUUACUCCUUUUGCCUCGGGAAACGGGAUAGCGUCGGGUUUUGAUUUUGGGGCCUUAAUUUCUGUGAUUCUUUGGCUACUGAUUAUUUAAGGAACAAUAUGGAUAUUGUACUUGGGUCUAACAGUUUUUAAAUUAAUAAUUUGUAGACGGUUACUGUAGUUUUUUCUAAUUUAAUUACUCAUCAAUUACUGUGCUUUAGUAAUUGUAAUUUUUUCGUUAUCAAUACUGUAAACUGAUUUGGGUUUUUUUAAUUCUGAAAAAGUUACUCUUUCUCGUGUAGUUUAAAAGCCAAAACGUUUUUUUACUUUGCAUAACUCAUUUAUGACAUUUAGAUGUCAGGAGAGAACUGCUUCAACCUGAACUUCUCCAAUCCUGGCGGGACAGCCCCAUUCCAGUCUCUGCUCCUGUCGCCCAAACAAGAAGUGAGUUGACUAGUUUUGGAUUCUUUAUGUCAAUCGUCAUAUUAUUAGUAAAGAAGACCUCCUGUGACUUAAUAUCCUUCUUAUAUUGAGCUAGUCUUUUCGUAUGUUAUGAGUUAAUAAACCGCGUUCACUGCCUUCGGAUCGUGGAUGUUGUAGAUGGCUGAAUAACAUUUUUGGGGCAUCUCAUAACUCUUAUUUGUCGGAAUUCGGCCUCAUUUCGGAUCAAGGUUAAUUAGAUUUACAUUGGCUUUAUUGUUUCAGUGCUCUUCAGACGAGCUGGCGGCUGCCGAUUCCGACGGUUCCAAGGAGUCUACCCCCACCACCGUUCACAUGAAUACCGAAAGCGUGCCACAGCCCAAUGCCCUGCCCAAUGGCAAGAAAACUAAAGGUAAGAUUGGCUAAACUACAGUAUUUUUUCAAGCAUUUUGAAAAUUUUGAUUAAAAUUUAAGUAAGGGUGUAAGGAUUGAUAUAAUAUAAUGUCUUUCAGGCCGAGUGAAGAUCGAGAUGAAGUACAUUGGCAACAAACUCAGACGCUACACAACUUUCAGCAAACGGAAGACUGGGAUCAUGAAGAAGGCUCACGAGCUGUCGACUCUUACUGGAACUCAAGUUAUGUUACUGGUAGCAUCAGAAACUGGUCACGUCUACGCUUUCUCCACGAAUAAACUGAAGCCCAUCAUUGCCAAUGAACCUGGAAGAUCGUUGAUCCACAGCUGCUUAACUACGCCUGCAGGUAGGCUUAAAGAUAUUUCUAAUACAUAGCACAAUUACUUUUCGUAAUAAUUUUACAUUGUGUAGCUACUAUUAGGUUAUUUUUGAAUUUUGUCACAAAAAAUCACUUUUUGGUCAAAAUGUAGUGAAAAAUUUUAAAAUUCAAAUAACUCUUUAAAACUUUUAAUAAAACCGUAUAGAAACUGGCUUUUAAUACCGCAAAGUCUUUAUUUACAUUGACAGUAACCAUCCAGUAAACAUCCAGAAACCGCGACAACCAAUGGGCGCUCUCCCCCGUUUAUGGUGUUUAUAGCGGUCAUGACCAUUUACAGCGCACUCAUGCGUUCUCCUCUAAUCUCUCCCGCGCUCUUCUGCUCCAUUUUUUGUUUUUUCUGUUACAGCACUAAGUUAAUUAAGAUAUCAACUUAAUUAUACUUACAUAUGACAUAAAGAACAAAACUUUCAAACCUAAAAUAAUUGAUCUUUUUAGCUAACACUCUAAAACAAUGUAAAUAACUUGUCUUUGUUAGAGUUAUUACAAACCUUUUUCAGAUCCCAUCAACGACUGCACAUCUGUAAAAACCGAAUUCACGUUCGAACCGAAUAAUGGAUCUCUGUCAAAUGUGAAUCCGAGAAAGCGAAAAGCUCAAGACAUCACAGAAACGGUGAGUCACGGUCUAAUUAUGGGGAAAGUUAAUGUGCAAGGGAAUGCCCUUUGGUUGAGUUUAUUAAAUGUUGUAGCUACUGUGUGGUAUUUCUAAGUUUGUUUGGACUAGGUAUGGGACAGCAUUGUUUUUAGAACUAUGAAAUUUUAAUUGCGCGGAAGCUGUUUUUUAAAUUCAUGACCGAUAACUUUUCGAAACUCAUGUUUGUUGUCCAAUUACAGUAACGAAACCAGUAUAAUGACCUAGUCAGAUCUGUAUCUGUGCCUCCUCAUUCCCCGUUUUUGCAUUUGUAAUUAACUAUUUUCAAAUCGGACAUUGUCCCCAUCCGGAAACGAUCUGAUUCCUAAAAAAGGCAUCGCAAACUCUUUGUUAACACUUGGCCCUUUAAAGGCGGCGGCUUCUGGUCGUCUUCAUUGUUACACAACGGCCAGAAGUCUUGGCUCCUUUUGGAAUGAUCCUUUGGAUUGAUCCGAGGAUGGCUUUAUGUGGCGGUAAACCGAUCCGACAUCGCGACGCUGCCGAGGUCAUAAACGUCUUUUAUGGCCCGAAAAAGUUUUGUCGUUGUAAAAGGCGUCGGGAUCGAGUCUCAAGAACAGAUGGGCCCAGUUGAUUGAUUGGGACCCGGACUUUUAGGGCGUCGUCUCGCCAUUAUGGCCAGGAAUGUGGCCAUAACAGCCGAGACAGUUGUUCCCCGUCACCUUAAAGAGACGGCCAAACUCUCAUAGAAGAUAUUAAGGAAAGAGAAAAGCGUUUUCAAAAAGAGCAGAGGUUUAAGAAAAAAUAGUUCAAAAGGAAAAAUGAAGUGUUGAAGAAAAGGUCAUGGCCUCUUUGGCUGCUGUGCUUUGGCCAUUGCGCGACUUUUGUUUGCUCCGAGCAACUUCGAAAUUCGGGUCAUAUUCGACUACUUAAAAAGGCAAUACAGCAAACAGUACAAAAUUAGCGAAAAAUUCAGUUGAAGUUCGUUAAAAUCAUCAAAACUAUUUGGACAUAAAAAAUAAUGAAAUGAAGCACAAAACAUAUAAAAAAAUUAACUCUAAUUUAGCAUAAAGCUCAACAAAUCAGAUAAAUCUUAUCAAUAAAACCUGAAAAAUUAAAAGCAAUAUGAAUGUCCUUACCUUUGUUUUUAUAGUUAUCAGCGUCGAUUCCCACAAUGGUGUCAUCAGCCUCUUCAGUAGAACCAUACGUUGACAGUGACAAUGACACAAACGGUUACGGUGAUGAUGAAGAAAUUGACAAGAAUCAGAUUCUGAAGGAAGUUAUGAAGGCAGCGUCUGAACAGAGGCAAAAGCAGAGAAGGAAGGACAACAAAAAACCGGCCGAAAACGCUUUGGCCGCGCUUUUGGCCAACUGUGAUAACAAUAUCAACCAGUUUCUGCCAAUGCUUCUGCAAGGUAAGCUUUGGAACUUUUAAUAUGAAUUGCACUUACUUCUUUUCUCAAUUUGUUACCUUGUAUUUCCAGUUUUCACGAUAGUUGAUCGAAAAAGCAUGAAUUCUUUUAAUUCUGGCUUUUGAAAAUCCAGACUUUAUUUUUGAUUUUACUUACUUUUUGACUGAUUGGCUAAUUACAAAACAACGUCAAAGCUAUUAAUAACUCCUACAACGAAGUAUAAUAACAAGAACGAAAAGACAAUUCAACUUUGACACUUUAUCUUUUGACAUUUCGUCAUUUUGUUAUGUUUUUUGAAAAUUAAUUAUUGAAUUUCAAUUUCGAAAUGCAGUAAGAUGAAGCUUUUGAUAAAAUUUUGCUUUAUCUUCUUGAAAGCUUCAAACACCGCUGGAGUUCCUAAUAUAAGACAAGUAGGUAUAACAAUCUACUAUAAUAUAUUACGAUUGCAAGUUAACUGGGUUACUUGCAGGCCUAACUUCCACCUCUUCCUCCUCCUCCUCUCCUGUUAAUCCAUCCACUUCCACUGAUAACAACAACAGUGACAAACCACUGGAAGCACUCAAUAGCACUUCACACACCGAAAACAAUGGCCAAGUCAUGUUUCAGAUGCCGCAGGGCGUCGUCUACACGAAUACUGAUGGUCAAUUUUUAAAAUUAUUUUUGUUUUUAGUUAACUAUAUUUUAGAAGCUUUUAAGUUUUAUUUUGUUUUCUUCUGACUCCGUUUUCCUAUUAAAGUAGCUUUAAUGAUAUUAUUCAAAUUUUUAUAGUUAUUAUGCACUUUAUAUCAAUAUUAGAUAAACUAAGUAGCAUGAUGUUAACCAUGUGUAUUUCAGCCAAUCUGGAAUCCCACUCUACGGCACCUAGUCCAGGCUCAUCGUCGACAGACAACGACGCGCUACAGCAAUUCUUGAUGGGGUCGAACCUGCUCCAGAAUCUGCUGAACGUCUCCUUCGAAGGCAAAGACAUCAAAAAAGAACUGUGA